UGCUUUGCUUGCUCUGUCGCAGCCAGUAACGCUUCCCCUCUUUUCUUCCUUCUCCCUCCGCUUUAUAAGCAGCGCCCUGCGGGAAGCCGCCGCUGCUGACACACACCGCUCCCGAUUGAUCUCCUCCCUCCAGCGCCGGCCGGCACAGGGAGUCACAGCCGCACAAGAGGGCAAGUUGGACACGUCAUCGAGAUUCGGGAGGAGCUCAGCGUCCAUGGAGAACCGCAAGGAGGAGCAGCAGGGCGCAGCUGUGGGCUGGAUGACGGUGCCGGCCUUCGGGGAGUGGGACGUCAAGAACGGCGCCGUGCCGGACUACUCCAUGGACUUCUCCAAGAUCCGCGAGAUGCGCAAGCAGAACAAGCGGGAGCUCUCCAGGGCCAGCCUCGGCGGCGACGAGGACCUCCUCCAGGCGCAGCAGGGCAAGCCGCAGGCGGCGGCGCAGCCCGACAAGUCCUCCGCCGCCGUCGCGGCAGACGACCACCACCGCCGGCCGCUGCACGACGGCUCACCCACGGGAAGAAAGAAAUUCCUCAGCUAUUUCCAGUGUUGUAUCAGAGCCUAAAGGAUUCCGAACCCUGGUGCUACCGGUGUCGUGCAAAUAGCUUUUAGGUUUCUUGGGUACUGUAAAGUUUGCAUAAUGUGUAGUUCACCUCCGAUUCUGUAAUCUUGUCUCUCGUGUGGAUGAGAGAAAGGAGGAAUUGCAAGGGAAGAAGCGCACAUCAGUUAGUUCAUGGUGUUUUUUGCAACGGUUUGCAACUUUUAGUGCAAUGUGAUCUGAGGAUUGGAUCUGAAGGUGUAUGAUGGUGUUUGGUUGGAUGAAAUUGUUUGCACCCGUGAUGAUAUAUUCGUUGCAUAUUAAAUGGUCCUGCCCGUUAUUUCUUUUCUA